CUUGACGAUGGUACAGGACUCAAAGGCGAGAAACUCGAACGACUCUGCAAUCCACCAUGACAAUCGCUCCGUAUCGACGAUCCAUCUACCAUUCUUGCUCUCAGAAUGUUCAUGGCACUCGAGCAUUCAUCUCAAGAUACCUAUGCGCAGAUUCGUGAGGCUGUAAUUGAGUGUUAUCCUGACUCUGAUGUUCCGCCCUUUUACCACAUCAAGACAAUCCUCGCCGACCUUAACUAUGAUGUGUCCAGAAUGUGGUCAGCAUCGUUUCGACCAGAUCAAAUUCACGAAGUCCAAUGGUUGCAUCAAGAAUCCACAGGCUGUUUUUCAUACUAUUCCAAUAGGUCCUCAAUUACAAGCUCUUUGGCGCAAUCCUGAGAGUGCCGAGAAGAUGCACUAUU